UGGGACCAGGACACUGACAGCUGCCGGGCCCGGGCCGGUGGUGAGCCGGCUGGGGAGCCCGGCGCCUGGCACCAGCCACUGUUUGUUCCUGUUGCUGGCUCUGGGGAAAAGCAGGGCGCGGCUCCAAAGGCGGUUCUGGCCUGGGGCUGGCUGGUGUACGUGGUGAGCAGGGCGUUGAUUGAAAGGUCACUGGAGGGAGGCGAGAAAGACAGGCCCCCAUCCUUCCCACUCUAACCAUGCAGGUGUUGGUAAACGAAUGGGCAAGUCUGGGGAAAGCCAGGGGUGCGGUUAUUGUGUAAAUGCUCUAGAUAGACAUCCCUGGGUACCAUCCCAAGUUCACUGAAAGGUUAUCAAAGGCUGUCAUACUCUGCCUUUGAGUCAGGAUAUCUUGGGUUUAGUCAUCCAGGCUGACAUUCCUGUAGAGUAUCGGAAAAAUGAGCUUGAAAUCAGAGCGUAGAGGAAUCCAUGUGGACCAAUCAGAGCUGCUCUGUAAAAAAGGCUGUGGUUACUAUGGUAAUCCUGCUUGGCAAGGAUUUUGUUCCAAGUGCUGGAGAGAAGAGUACAGUAAAGCCAGACAGCGACAAAUUCAGGAAGAUUGGGAGCUUGCAGAACGUUUACAGCGCGAGGAAGAAGCUGCAUAUGCUAGCAGUCAAGGGGCACCGUCGCUCACUUUUUCUAAAUUUGAAGAGAAAAAAACAAAUGAGACUAAAAGGAAAGUCCAGACUGUCAAAAAAUUCUUCAGCCCAUCAUCCAGGGCUGCACCAAAAAAAGCAGACAGUCAGGAAGUUAAAGCUUCAAGUCCAUCCAUAAAUAGGCAGGCCAGCCUAGAAACAGAACGAGCUUCAAAGGACUUUAUUGAUUUCCUCAAGAGCUUUCGCAGGCCUGGUCAAGAUAUACUAAAACAGUGUCGGGGAUUUAUUGAGACUAUGCAGCAUAAAAAGGAAUUGAGUAUUGAAGAGCAGUCGGAGUGUGUCCAGGAUUUCUAUCAAAACAUGGUUGACCGAUUGCAGACUCACUCCAGUUUUAAAGGUUCUUCUGAAGGGAUAGAGAAGAUCAUGGACCAGAUUGAAAACUAUAUUAUGACGCGACUGUACAAAACUGUGUUUUGUCCAGAGACUACUGAUGACGAAAAGAAAGACCUUGCAGUUCAGAAGCGAAUUCGGGCAUUGCAUUGGGUGACGCUUGAAAUGCUGUGUGUUCCAGUAAAUGAGGAAAUCCAUGAAGUUUACGAAUUAGUUGUAAAAGCAAUUACUGCUGUAAUAGAAAUGGAUUCAAGACGUGUUCCACGUGAAAAGUUGACCUGCAUCACUAAAUGCAGCAAACACAUUUUCAAUGCCAUAAAGAUCACAAAGAAUGAACCUGCUUCUGCUGAUGACUUCUUACCCACACUUAUCUACAUAGUGUUAAAGGCUAAUCCUCCUCGAUUACAGUCAAACAUCCAGUAUAUUACACGAUUCUGCAAUCCAAGCAGACUGAUGACUGGUGAAGAUGGAUAUUAUUUCACAAAUUUAUGUUGUGCAGUUGCCUUCAUUGAAAAGUUGGAUGCUCAGUCUUUGAAUCUCACACAAGAGGAUUUUGAUCGUUACAUGUCUGGUCAAGCAUCGCCUAAGAAACAUGACUCUGAGGAUUGGUCUCCUGAUGCAUGCGCAGGAAUGAAACAAAUGUACAAAAACUUAAACCUCAUUUCACAGCUGAAUGAGAGGCAGCAAAGAAUUCUGUCUGCUGCCAAGCAGCUUGAACAAGACUUAAUUGAUUGGAGUGAAGGUGUAACCAAAGAAGUUGAAGACAUUAUUGAGAAAUACCCACUUGAUAUCAAACCUAGGAGUCAGCCAGUGGUGGCAAUUGAUUCUGACAACAUAGAAAAUGACAAGCUUCCACCACCAAUCCAGCCACAAAUGUUUGUUGGCUGAAAGAAUUAAAACUGUUAAAUAUGAGCAAACUCUAUUCUGAGGUGUGUUCAUUGUAAGAGAAUUUGCUGAGAAUUUGGAACUUAAAUGUGACUUUCUAUGUCAAUGCCUGAGCUAUGAUUUUUUGUUUUGAGUAAAAAAUACUAUAAUUAUAAAAGUUAUAAUCAGUACUUUUGAGGUAAAAUAAGAAUGGAAAAUGCUGGAAACUGGGAGCCAAUCAGACAGCAGCUAUGGAGUUUGCAUCUGCUACCUGACUAGCUGAGCACUUUCAGCAUUGUGUUAUUAUUCCAGAUUCCAGUUACUGGAGGAUCUAGUUUGUUCCAUCUUUUAAAAAUAGAAAAUGUCAAUGUAUGUUUUAUACUUUCUAUGUUCUCUGCAACAUUAUUUUAUUUUCUUAAUGCCAUCAUGGAGAAUAAUUAUAUUCAGGGAUUCUAGUUUAAAGUAUCUGAAUAAGUGAUAUUCUGUUUAAUAAUGCUGUUGAGAUUUUCACCAGUCUUUCAGUGCUCUCAUUUUUAUAGAUUAAGAGAUGUAUUAAAAAUCAGUAGCGUUAUGAAUACUUCUUUAGUCAUCUUAUCUUGAACGUAGAUUUGUUACAAAGCUUUUUAUUUUGCUCAUUGCAGUACAGAAUAAUUUGGCCAUACAGGUUUUCUAGACUGGCCAUCAAAACUCUAAAGGACUAACCAAUAAAAGCACAAAACGUUCAGGUUUUCAUUUUCCCCUCCAGUAUUAAUUAAUUAAAAAGGAAUUAACACAUCGGCAAAACCACCUUUUACCUUUCACAACUUUUAAAACUUGAGCAGUCAUACAGAUGACUUAGUGAGAGGUUAUUCUGAUGUGGCCCAGUUGAUUGGAUUUGUAAAUCUUAUACUUGUAAUGUUAGAAUGGUAAAUGGGCCACUUGCAAUAAUUUAGCUGAAUGUGGUUGAUGGUGAUUGAAGUUCAAACAAUGGUCAAAUCUUGCCUUGAUAGAAGAAAUUGUAUUAAUUUAGUUUUGAAUACAUCCUGGCUCUUUUUUUCAUUUGUUUUAGUUGCUAAAUUCUUUAAAUUGCAUAAACUUUACAUUAUUUUGAUAACUGAUUUGAAUCAUCAGAAUGUUUGUGUGUGCUUAUUUUUUUUAGUCCCUGGAUCAAUUUAUGAACAAGGAUGCACACUCUAACUGUAUAUUGAUGGUAACAGUACUUACCCAUUUAAUAUUUGUCAUUGAGGAUGUCUUGUAUUAGGAAAGCAAAUUAUAUAUGCAGCUAAUGAACUGUUCCAUCACACUGGUUCCAUGACUCCACAAUUACAUCUUCAACUUAAAAACGAUUUCUGUGAUCGCUUCUCUACAAGCAGUGGGUAAACUAGAUUUACAUAAUAUAAAUAGGGUGAUUCCUUUGACAAUUUCUAAACUUCAUUGGCUCUAAAGUGCUUUGGACCAUACUGAGGUUUCUUUCUAUUUUCUUUUCAAGUCUGAGUGAGUUGGUUGCUGUAAAUUGAAGUAAUGCAGAACUCAAAAAAAAAUUUGACUCAAGUACUGCCUUAAGGAGGCAAAACAUCAACCAGUUUUUAAACUGUUGAAAUGUGUACUUUGUGAGUAUCUAAAUCCCUUUGCUGUAGUUGGCCCACUGUCAAAUAGCUUGUGGAUUCUUAAUGCACACAAAGUCACCACCUUGGUGAAAUACUAGAGGUUUGUAUAGUAGAAUAUGUGACAUUCAUAUUUUUCAAACACUCCAUCUAACUUUCCUGUAUAGGUUAUUUAUAAAUUUUAUUAAAAUUUCUUCUUGAGUUUGUAAUUUGCUGUGUUAAGUGUACAGAUAAUACUGUCAAACACCAAAGCAAGAGUGUCCAUUUUUUCCCUCUUCAGGAAAAUCAGUGUAUCUGUACAAACUUUUUAUAGAAAGAAUACAUUUUCAUUUAUAUCUAGGAUGUGCUUUUUGCAAAUCCUUGUAAACACAGGAUUGCAUUGUAUGAAAUCGCACUAAUUUUGCUAUGCUAGAGGGUGCACAAAAUACCUCAAUGCAAUGAGACCAUUCUUCCUGCUAAAAUGAUUUUAAAAUUUUGUUUGUUUAUAUAUGUUGCAGAAAAUAAGAACUGCUGUCAAAGCAAACUAUCAUUAGUGGAUUGUGUAGAAUUUAACAUAGUUUAGGAUUACAGUCUAGGGCUCUAAUUUUAUUGCAUUACAACUUGAAAUAAAUUUUAAUUUGGUCAGAUAUUUUACAUGCUUGCUAAUAAUUCAGUAAACUAACUAUUGAAUUGCAUUAGACUUGACGUAGUUGCCGCCUAAGCAUUAAAAUUAAUUAAACUGGUCAAGUGUGUACCAGAACUUUUUGAAGAUCACACAGAGUAACUGCACCUUGUACAAAGCUUGAUGACUUGAGUAUUUCUGUAAUUGCGCAAACUAUUUAUUUAGAGCGCUUGAGAUAAGGCACAUGAAAGUAAAGGAUAAUGCUCUUAGUUUAAGUCCUGAAGAAGGAUCCUCACCCGAAAUGUUGACAGUCUGCUUUUCUGCCUGUUGUUGCCUGACCUGCUGAGUUCCUCCAGCAUCUUGUUUUUUUUCAUCUAGAUUCCAGCAUCUGCAGUCCUUUAUUUCUCUAAGUCAGUCUUUUAUUUCACCACAUCCAACUUAAAGUGAGGGGCUGUAUCUGAAUAUCCAUCUAUUAAAUGGGCACAAGGUGAUAAAUUAGUUUUGAAAAAGAACAGAAUGACAUACAUUUACUGGAGAAGCGUUUCUUGGUGAUUCACUUGGUGACUGUUCAUGCUGUGUGUGACUCUGCAGUUGGUUUGCACAUCAGAAAUAUUAAAGUGUAAGAUCAUUACCAGGUCUGUUUUUGCAUCAUCUAACACUUACAAAUUAUGUGACCAUCCUGUGAAUUUCCUCAUUUUUAAUGUGCAUAAUGCAUAAAUAAUACAAAUAUGUAGAAAGCAAUGUGCUUACAUUUCUGACAUAACAAAAAUGAAUUUAACCAUUGAUUUUUACAGAAUUUUUAAGUGAAUUGAAAGCUUUGGCUACUUUUAACUCUACCAUUUACAAAUCACAAUUUAACAAGUAAUAAACAUUAAUUUAUCAUAAACUUGUGUUGCAGGACACUUGCAUUUUCACUAGAAGAGUAAUCUCUCACAGAACUUUCAGACAACAAUCCAAGAUUCAGAGUUGGGUAUUAGUGGGAAGGGGAAGAAAAGCAAGCUUGUACCACUUGAAAGGGGCAAGAAAAAUGAUGGAAAGAUGCUUCUGCAGUACAUUCAUACAGAUACUUGAAAGCUAAAGUUGGAAAUACCUGUAAUUAUAACUGCCACUUUAUAAGUUGCAUGCAACUUAAUAAGGAAGUGUUGUGAUUUUUGUUCCACCAUUUGCACUUACUACUUGAGCAAUAGUUUGUUCAAGAAUUACUUGAACUUGCUGGCAGGUCUGUGAAUGUUUUGACAAGACUGUAAUACUUUGGUUUCUCUUCCUAUGAAAUAGCAUGCAUUGAACAGAAAAUGGAUAGAACAAAUGGAACCGGGAUAUGUUCUGAGAAAGUCACAGUAGGUUAGAUAAAACCUCCAAGUGGGCAAAUAUUUAGCUUAACAGUAACAAUUUGGCAUCACGGGCUUAUCUAAUGCAAGUGAUAUUCACAUAGUUGUUCAAUUGCUAGCCAUCUGUUGAAUAAGGAAAUUCCAAAGCAAGUGAGUUCCUCAGUAUGUCAAAGAAGAAUCUUAAAAACUGGUAAACUGAUGCAAUUGAAAUUUGUAUUUUUCUGCUGAUUUUUAUUGUAUAGUAAAAAUCAAUGAUGUGAUUAGAAAUGUCAUCAUAUUGAACUGUCUGUUUAUUUUUAUCAUCUUGUAUAAGUGUAACUGCAAUAAUCUGUAUGAUUCCAUGUUGAAUGCAUUUUUUAGUAUAUGUAAAUGAUUAGGCAAUGACAGUUGAUUAAAUGCUACAGACUGCACUUUGAUUUUAAGGCAUAUAAUAACUGGUUUAGUGUCAAUGUGGAAAUGUUGGAUGCAAUGUAAUCUUUGGAAUCCUAUUCAAAAGAAUAUGGCAUUUCCAAAACAAAAAAUUAAAUGGAGUUUUAGAAAUGCA